AUGGAGUGUGUAUGCGCCGCGCUCUACCGUGUGACCUCUGAGGCAGUCUCCAGGAAGCUGCGCCGCACGUGCGUGCUGCACAUGCAGUGGUGCUUGCCCCUGGGUGGUGAUGCCCAUGAGGGGUUCUCCAAUGGCGCAGAGUUGCGCUGCCUGUCUUACGCAGCCUCUGAGAAAGUUCUCCAAAGGUUGCGUGCUGAGGACAUCUCCAGGGGAUUGCGCGCCGCACGUGCGCGCAGCACACGCAGUGGUGCUUGCCCCUGGAUGGUGUUGCCCGUGAGGGGUUCUCCGGUGGCGUAUAGUUGCGCUGCCUGUCUUACGCGGCCUCUGACAAAGUUCUCCAAAGGUUGCGUGCUUCACAUAAAAAGAAGCUGUAAGCUGAUGUCAACCAAGGGGCUCAUGAGCCCUUCUCUCAUGCGUGAGGGUGAAGGUGCUGGUGCCUUGUGUGUGUGA